CUGAUGGUUUUUGCCGUCGUGAGCAAACAAAUUGAACAAUUUAACAAUUCGUAAGUGCCGCUACUAAGGGCCUCAAGCUGCUGGCUUUGCCACAUCCUUUGCCAUUUAAAUUUCCAUGUCUAUCUCCUUGCAAGCUCUCACAAUGAUUAAUACGAACGACCAGGUGUCACAGACUGAGAGUCAGACGUCCAAGGCCAAGCCAAAGAAACUGAGGCAGCGCAAUAGACCCCGAAACAAACGAAAUCGCGUGGAAGACAGCACAACCACUACUACAGAAUCCUCGACUACCACCGAGAGCACAAUGCCAGGGGAAAACAGCCAGCAGGACGCUGCAACGCGUGAGCAGGUCAUGGCAGAGCGCGAGGCCAAGAAGCAAGCCAAGCAGGCCAAGAAACAAAAGUCUGCGCCGCCAGCUACAAAAAUCAUCACCGAAGUGGAGCAGACGACCAUAACCACAAAGCUGACGACCACGACAACAACCACUGCCAGGGACAAGCCGGAGCCGCCAGCAGCAACUGCAGCGCCAGCUGCUCCCAUUGCCGCAGUCACUUGCACUGCGGCGGUAGUAACGGAAACUGGUGACAAGACCCGCGACCAGAUCAAGGCUGAGCGAGAGGCCAAAAAGGCGGCGAAGCUGGCUGCCAAAGUAGCCAAAUCCAGUGGGGCGAAGGUCGAAGCCCCCGUGCAGCAGUUGGCCGACUUAAAGGUGACAGAGAAGACUCCAGCGCCAAGCGUAGCUCCAGCCCCUGCAGCGGAUGAGGACAAGAAGAAACCAGCUCUGAGCAAAGCCGAGCGUCGGGCCAUACAGGAGGCUCAGCGGGCAGCCAAGGCGCAAGGCCAAGGACAAGUGAAGAAAGCGCAGCCAGCGGCCAAGGCUCCUGUAAAGUCUACGGCCACGCACACGGCACCCAAGGAACUGAAACGGGAAAGCGUCUCGCCUGUCAAGAAAACGACGACAGCUUCACCCAGCAAAAACUCUUCAGGCAGCGCCAAGUCAGAGUGCAAAGUAAAGCUCUUCAAUCACUUGGUGUCUGCCGAAAAGGGCGCCAGCCUGUUUAUCAACGAUCCGCUGGUGCAUCCCAGCAUGGCGCGUCUGGGCGUGCAGUAUGCUCAGCGCACGGUGGUCGGCUCCAAUGCGCGCUGCAUUGCCUUUCUGCAUGCGCUGCGGCAGGUGGUGCAGGACUUUGAGACGCCUGCCAAGAAGGAGUUUGGUCGCAGCUUGGAUGCUGCGGUGCAGCACCACGUGGAUCAUCUGCACAAGUGUCGCCCGCUGGCCGUCUCCGUGUCGAAUGCCUACAAACAGUUUAGGAAUCAGGUCACGCAACUGCCGGCAGAUGUGCCAGAGGCGGAGCUGAAGGAAAUACUCGUGCACUUCAUCGACACCUACAUAGAGAACCAGAUUGGCAAGGCGGCCCAGGCCAUAAGCAGCUCGCUGCAGGAGAAGAUCACUGACGGCGAUGUGCUGCUCACCUUUGGCUGCUCCUCGCUGAUACAGUUCAUCUGCGAGGAGGCCAAGCGGCGACAGGUGGCCUUCCGUGUCAUUGUCGUCGAUUCGCGUCCCACGUGCGAGGGCCAGGAGAUGCUUCGUCGCCUGCACGCACACGGCAUACCCUGCACCUAUGUGCUGAUCAAUGCCGUGGGUUAUGUGAUGGCCGAGGCGACCAAGGUGCUGCUGGGUGCCCAUGCCCUGCUUGCCAACGGCUAUGUGAUGGCGCGCACAGGCACUGCACAGGUGGCCCUGGUGGCCAAUACCCACAACGUUCCCGUUCUGGUCUGCUGCGAGACGCACAAGUUCAGCGAACGAUUCCAGACGGACGCCAUCGUCUACAACGAGCUGAGCGAUCCCAACGAGCUGGUGCGCGACGACAAGUGCUGCCUCAAGAACUGGGCAUCCAAGGCACACCUCACGCCCCUCAACCUGAACUACGACAUAACGCCACCCGAGCUGGUCAGCGCCGUUGUCACCGAGGUGGCCAUCCUGCCCUGCACCAGUGUUCCCGUCAUUCUGCGCAUCAAGCCAGACAUUGGCUACUAAUCCUCGCUCAGACUAUAGCCUGCUGCCCGCUGAUGUUGAAUAAAUAUUUAAAUUUUUUUAUUAU